AUGUGCAGAUGGACAUCCGCAGCCCACUUCAGUCCUGAACCUGUUCUUGGCACAGCUGCUGGCCUCUCCAGUGGGCAGCUCAUCCCCCUACCCAAUGCAGCCUCGCUUUGCCUGGCCUGCCUCACACUGCUCAUGGUCACCGCUGGCACUUCCAUGGGGGCCUGUCCUCCGGGGGUCCGGCAGGAGUCCGUCCAGGGGCUUGCCACAGCAAUCAACUGCUCAUGGACUUUGGAGAGGCAUGCUCGCAGCUACAAUCACCUGGAGGGGGACGUCAGACUGCGGCGACUUUACUCUGCCAACAAAUUCUUCCUGUGCAUUGAUAAAACGGGCAAGGUGGAUGGCACCCGGCGGAAAAACUACGCAGACAGCCUGAUGGAAAUUCGAUCAGUCAGUGUUGGAGUUGUUGCCAUCAAAUCUGUCAGCACCGGUCUGUACUUAGCCAUGUCUAAGAAAGGCACGCUCUUUGGAUCGCCCUCUGCCCCCAGCCCUCUGCCCCAGCCCUCUGCCCCCAGCCCUCUGCCCCCAGCCCUCUGCCCCCAGCCCUCUGCCCUCUGCCCCAGCCCUCUGCCCCCAGCCCUCUGCCCCAGCCCUCUGCCCUCUGCCCCAGCCCUCUGCCCUCUGCCCCAGCCCUCUGCCCCCAGCCCUCUGCCCCCAGCCCUCUGCCCCCAGCCCUCUGCCCCCAGCCCUCUGCCCUCUGCCCCAGCCCUCUGCCCCCAGCCCUCUGCCCCUAGCCCUCUGCCCCCAGCCCUCUGCCCUCUGCCCCAGCCCUCUGCCCCCAGCCCUCUGCCCCCAGCCCUCUGCCCCAGCCCUCUGCCCCCAGCCCUCUGCCCCCAGCCCUCUGCCCCCAGCCCUCUGCCCUCUGCCCCAGCCCUCUGCCCUCUGCCCUCUGCCCCCAGCCCUCUGCCCCCAGCCCUCUGCCCCCAGGCCCUCUGCCCCCAGCCCUCUGCCCUCUGCCCCAGCCCUCUGCCCCCAGCCCUCUGCCCCAGCCCUCUGCCCUCUGCCCCAGCCCUCUGCCCCCAGCCCUCUGCCCCCAGCCCUCUGCCCCCAGCCCUCUGCCCCCAGCCCUCUGCCCUCUGCCCCAGCCCUCUGCCCCCAGCCCUCUGCCCCCAGCCCUCUGCCCCCAGCCCUCUGCCCCCAGCCCUCUGCCCUCUGCCCCCAGCCCUCUGCCCUCUGCCCCAGCCCUCUGCCCCCAGCCCUCUGCCCCCAGCCCUCUGCCCCAGCCCUCUGCCCCCAGCCCUCUGCCCCCAGCCCUCUGCCCUCUGCCCCCAGCCCUCUGCCCUCUGCCCCAGCCCUCUGCCCCAGCCCUCUGCCCCCAGCCCUCUGCCCCCAGCCCUCUGCCCCCAGCCCUCUGCCCCCCAGCCCUCUGCCCCCAGCCCUCUGCCCUCUGCCCCAGCCCUCUGCCCUCUGCCCCCAGCCCUCUGCCCUCUGCCCCAGCCCUCUGCCCCCAGCCCUCUGCCCCCAGCCCUCUCUGCCCCAGCCCUCUGCCCUCUGCCCCCAGCCCUCUGCCCCCAGCCCUCUGCCCUCUGCCCCAGCCCUCUGCCCUCUGCCCCCAGCCCUCUGCCCCCAGCACUCUGCCCUCUGCCCCAGCCCUCUGCCCCCAGCCCUCUGCCCCCAGCCCUGAUCUGA